AUGCACGUACAGAUAGUGUACAAUAGGGUUACUUCCGCCCCCCCCCCCCUUUGUCACGCGUCCGUCCCCCUUUCGCCUCUUGCCUCCCGGUUCCCCCUCUCACUUUCACUCAACGACAACCCGCCCGACGUCCGGGCCCCUCUGGCGCUCGCCGCUGACAAAGAUCCGGCUGACGAGGUCGCUCUGGUGCCGCUCGACCAUCUCCCGCAGCGCGCCGCGCUCGACGACCAGCCGGCCCGUCUCGAGCAGGUCCUUGACGUCGACGUCGCCGACCUCGAGCGCCCUCCCCUCCUCGCCCGCGACCUCGAGGCUCGUAAACAGGUUCGGCCGCCGGUCGGCCGUGACAAACGUCGUCCGGCCCGCGCCGCGGCCCCACUCGAGCCCGCCGAGCAGCGACCGCACGUACCGCCGCACGAACCCGUCCUCGAGCUCGCGGCCGAGCCGGCCCGCGCCCGCCAGCGCCAGGAAGUCCUCGGGCAGGGGCAGCUCGAGCCCGUCCUCGCAGACGACGAGCUCGCCGCGGCGGUAGCGGUAGCUCAGCGCCGUGCGCCAGGCGAGGUCGUACACUUUCCGGUUGAGCCCCGUCGAGAAGUCGCGCGGGUGCGGGCCGAAGGUCUUGCCGCCGCCGCGGCGCAGGGGGCUCUGCUUGUUGCCCACGCGGGCGUGGCCCGUGCCCUUUUGCCGGUAGAGCUUGCGGUGGGAGCCGUGGACCUCGUACCGCGUCUUGGAGGAGGCGGUGCCCUGGCGGGUCGCGUCGCCCUCGAAGACGACGGCCAGGUGCAGGAUGUCGCGGCGCAGGGGCAGGUGCAGGUGCUUGCUCGACCAGUGCUCCAGCCGGCGGGGCUCGAGGGUCGGGAAGUUGUAGAUGGUCAGGGGGACGGUGCUCGGCGGCGUCCAGAGGUUUUCAAUGGAGCAGAAAAUGAUUCGUCGAGCGCAUACCGGAAGGGUCUGCCUCGUCGUAGAGGCCGAGGAUAUGCUCAGGGCCUUGAUGGCCUCUGCGAGACCCCGGGAACCCUUUGCGGCGGCCAUGGCUCAGCAAUUGACCGCUCAAGUCGGCAGGGCCGGUCCGAUUUGCUUCCAGCCGGUACUAUCCUCCGCACAGGUCAGAAGAAAAAGGCACAAUUCGGGCUGCGUGUGCGGCGUUUUGCUGUGGUCGAACCGGACGGUGCUGCUCUUUCUGUCCAGUCUGGUCCCAAAAUUUCGAAUUGGCCUGUUCUCAGACGACUUUGGAACCUCUCCCCAUCGUCACCACCAUACAACAGCCGGGCACUCCAACUACAGCACCCAGCCAUGUCGCGGUGCCCGCAGGUAGGAAGGCCAAUCGCCCUCGUGCGAUGCCUCCGCCACCAGCAACAGCAGCACCGCCAUCUCGCUGGCCCGGCCUCCUCGAUAGCCGCAAGGCGGUACCUCUCCGGCACGCCUAACCGGCAGCAGGACGAUGGCGAGAAGCAGCAGCAGCAGCAGCAGCAGCAGCAGGCCAAUGCUCCGGCAGCCGCCGACAAGAACAAGGGACCGCAGAGCAAGAAGCCCCAGGACACCGACUUCAAGCGCCGCAAGCUCGACCCCAACGUGACGACCCUGCCCUGGGCCGAGAAGGAGCUGCUGCGGCGAGGCACCCCCCCCGUCGGCUCCCGCCGCCGCCGCGCCGCCGUGCGCACCUCGCAGAACAUCCCCUUCGAGCAGAUGCCCUACCAGUGCUUCCAGGAGGCCCGCAAGCUGCUGCGCGAGGACCGCGACGCCAAGGUCCGCCAGAUCGUCGCCGAGACGGACAGGAUCCGCAAGCUCGAGGCCGCCGACCCGGCCCAGUUCCGCGGCGGCGAGGCCUACCGGCAGAAGCGGCUGGCCAGCCUGCGCAGAUACGUCGACCAGCUCAAGAUCCUGGCCGACAUCAACGACCCCCUCGUCAAGCGGAGGUUCGAGGACGGCAUGGGCGACAUGAACAAGCCCAUCUACCGGUACCUCGCCGAGAAGCGCUGGCAGGGCUACCCGCGCCGCCUGAUCCAGCAGCGCAUCGCGCAGUUCCACAUCGUGCCCGACCUGCUCCCCAAGUUCGAGCCGACCAUGGACGUCCAGCUCUUCUUCCGCCGCUUCAAGGUCGGCCCCGGCGAGCUCGUCGACUCGGCCGUCUCCGAGGCCAUCCCGCGCCUGCGCGUCCAGACCUUCCGCCCCGGCGAGCGCCUCGUCUCGGUCGUCGUCGUCGACUCGGACGUGCCCCGCCCCGAGACCGACGACUUCGGCCGCCGCUGCCACUACCUCGCCGCCAACGUGCCCCUCUCGCCCGCCGUCACCUCCCUGCCCCUCGCCAAGGCCGACCCGGCCGCCCAGCUCGCCGUCCCCUGGCUGCCCGCCUUCUCGCAAAAGGGCGCCCCCUACCACCGCCUCUCCGUCUUCGUCCUGGAGCAGCCCGCCGGCUCCCCCCCAAUCGACGUCGGCAAGCUCCGCGAGCUCUACGCCGGCCGCGACGGCUUCAGCCUCAAGAGCUUCCGCGACAAGUUCGGCCUCGACCCCGUCGGCUUCAGCAUGUUCCGCACCGUCUGGGACAAGGGCACCGCCGGCGUCAUGGAGCGCGCCGGCAUCCCCGGCGCCGACGUCGAGUUCAAGCGCCAAAAGGUCGAGCCCCUGCGCGAGCCCAAGAAGCAGCGCGGCUGGGAGGCCAAGAGGCAGGGCCCCAAGUACAAGCACCUGUGGAAGUACACCAAGCGCAUCGCCUCGCCUUCGGGCAAGUAUGUGCGGUAA